AUGGCGUCGUCUCCACAGGGAAAGAGGAACAUCGUCUUCGUGCACCCGGACCUUGGAAUUGGCGGCGCUGAGCGACUGGUCAUCGAUGCCGCUGUUGGUCUGCAAUCGAAGGGCCACAAGGUCACCAUCCUGACCUCGCACUGCGAUCCCACGCAUUGCUUUGAAGAGGCACGAGAUGGAACACUCGACGUACGAGUUCGUGGCAACAAGAUCUUCCCUCCUUCACUGGCUGGUCGCUUCAGCAUCCUCAUGGCUAUCCUACGACAGAUCGCCCUAGUCCUCAGUACUGCUCUUUUCAGCUCCGAGCUCAAAACGCUGGAUCCGGAUGUCUUCUUCGUGGACCAGCUGAGCGCUUGUGCGCCACUGUUCAGGUUCUGUUUCCCCAAAGCUAAAGUGCUGUUCUACGGCCAUUUUCCAGACCGACUGCUGGCACAAGAGGGAAGUGGUUUUAUGAAGCAUGUCAAAGCUCUUUAUCGACCGCCUUUCGAUGCCAUCGAGAGUUGGAGUACGGGAUGUGCUGAUGCCAUCGUUGUCAAUAGCAAGUUCACGAGGGCGGUCUUUCGGCAUACGUUCUCGGGUAUGAAGACGCGGGAUCUGAAGGUUGUGUAUCCUUGUGUGGAUACAGAUACUAAGGAACCUGCUGAACAGACAGCCGAACUAUGGCCCGGCAAGGCUGUUCUGCUGAGCAUCAACCGCUUUGAGCGCAAGAAGAAUCUCGAUCUAGCACUUCGGGCUUAUGCCGGACUAUCAUCUGAAGAGAGGUCGAAGUCCAAGCUUGUGAUUGCCGGAGGCUUCGACUCUCGAGUGCAGGAGAACUCUCAAACUUUGGAUCAACUGGAAAGGCUUGCAGGCGAGCUGAAGCUCAAGCAUGCUACCUUUCGGGGCAGUGAUAGCAGCAUUGAGUCAGACGAGAGUGAAGUCUUGUUCCUACUUUCAGUACCUGACCAGCUCAAACGGCGGUUACUACACAAAGCCAGCAUCUUGAUCUACACGCCUCAAAACGAGCACUUUGGCAUCGUACCCAUCGAAGCGAUGCUGCUAGGUGUGCCUGUACUCGCUACCAACAGUGGCGGCCCUCUGGAAACGAUUUACGACGGUCGCACAGGCUGGCUGCGAAGUCCCGAAAAGAUCGAUCAGUGGACAGAUGUCAUGCGCAAGCCUCUCAUACCUUCGAGCGCCGACAGUCUCAAGACGAUGGGAGAGAAGGGUUGCGAACGGGUGCUCGCGGAGUUCAGCCAUACCAAGAUGACCGAUUCGCUGGACGACGAGAUUCAGAGGCUGUGCCGGAGUACUGCGAGAAGACCCAAAAUCACACCGGAUUGGCUGUAUGCGCUGAUGUUCUGUACGGUCGUUGCUGUGGUCGGUGGCAUCGGCAUGGCGUACUUUAUGUCGUACGUCGCGGUGCCGAAGGCUCGUGAACACGAUGCGUGGUUGGAGAGCAGAGUGAAUGCAUUGGCGACAGCAACAACAAGCAACGGUCGCAAUGAGCUGUGA